AUGCAAUGGUCGUUCUUUGCUGGACUUGCAAUCAAUGGACAUAUGCCUUAUUGUCCUCCUUUUCAUUGGUGGGAAAUUCCAAGAAAAAGCUACUAUUGCAGCACUGGGUCAGUUGAAUUGAUCCAUACAAUGAAGAUAGACCCUUUGCGUAUUGCUGAAAGGUGUGAGUGCGGGACAAAAGGAUACCUGUGGGCAACUGAAUGGGCGAGAAGACCGAAUGGUUCGUCCAAAGGCACAGGAAGUACUCAGCCCCGUCCCUGUGCGCUUACAGGAAAUGUCAUUGUCGUGACUAUUUGCGAUGGCUCCGGCACAAUAAGGAGAGUGUAUUUGUACAACGUAUUAGAAAAUUCACAGCAGAAAGCUGCAAAGGAUAGAGAGGCCUUAUUGCUGUCAGCUCCAACCUUAGGUUAA